CGACUCCACUCCCAUAGUCUAGCUGACAAGACCUGUGGAAGGACGCAAAAGCAAUCCAUUUGAACAGUCAAUUACGAUUAUGGAUGAAAUAGCGCGGGAUGAGGUGUAUUGCCAUUUAACGGCACGCCGCGCAGUCGCUCGAGCAGCCUUGCAUCUGGGCAUCGACACCAUGUCACAGGAGGCCUUGGACACAACGGGCGAUGUGCUGUUAGCUUAUCUGGAACGCAUCGGAAAAAUCCUUGCGGUAUCAGUGGAAGCAUCCGGACGUUCCAGUGCGCACUGUCACGCGUUGGAUUGCAUUCGGGCCGUCGAGGCCUGUACGGAGGCCGCCGUCCAACGAAUUCACGUCGAUUCGCGACCGCACAGUGGCGACGACGUAGCGCACACGAACACGGCCAAAUCUCCCACGGAGCAGCUGUCUUGGAAAGGUCUAGCAGAAUUUUGUUUCGGGCCGGAUUGGCACCUGUCAGACCAGCAACGGCAAGGUUCUCGCGGCCAGGGCGGGGCCGGUGGGAAAGUGGGUCCUUCGGCUACCGGUAACGAUACGAGCACCAACCGUGGAUGGAACGCUCCGUUUCCGGACGAAAUUCCGGAUUUCCCUUUGGCUUCCGCAACUACCGCCAAUCCGCACACACUGUCCUCGUCCGUAUCCAAAGGCUUUCAUCGACCUGAUCUUUCGGACAACGAUGGAUCUCCGAUGAUUCGACCCAAGGAUGAUAUUCCCGACUCAGUGUUUACCGGACGGUGGGGGAGUUUGGACGAGCCGAUCACAUUUGCAGCAGACACGUCAAUGAAUAGUAAAAAACGUAAAAUACGGGACGACGAAUUGGAUCCGGAAGGUUCACUGAAAAAGGCCAAGGACAACCAGGGCCAAGGACGACUGCGGGACACCUUCUCGUCGGAAGAUUCUGGAACGCCCUUAUACAUUCCCUCAUUCUUUCCACCCUUUCCACAAAGUGCGAGUGGAGCAUCACGCAUCGUUGUGGAUACCGAAGCUGCACCACAUCAACCUCUCCCGGCGAUCGAGGCGGCGUCUCCGCCAGCUCCGACGGAGCCAUUGACGAACGUGCGUUCGGCGCUGAUCCAGUUGGGACGUCAUCAGUACUGGGGCUCGGGAUGGGAUGAGACACUCCGGAAUGUCGGAGAUCUCGCGGUACCGUCCGGUCCGGCGGAAGCAGGAACCGCAUCGCAGCAGAUUGUUCCGUUGGGACGGGCGAGCGGAUCUCGGGUCGCGCGCAUCCUGGAGGGCAGCAUGGAGCCCAUGGUUCCGAUCGGCUAG